AGUCACGUGGCGCACGACCGGGAGGGUACUUAGGGCCGGGGCUGGCCCAGGCUACGGCGGCUGCAGGGCUCCAGCAACGGCACCGGCUCCGCAGCGCGCAGGCUGGGCUGCAGACUCUCGGCGGCAGCGUUCGGUGGAUCUAGGAUCCGGCUUCCAACAUGUGGCGGCUCUGGGCCUCCCUCUGCUGCCUGCUGGCGUUGGGCGAUGCCCGGAGCAGGCCCUCUUUCCAUCCCCUGUCGGAUGAGCUGGUCAACUAUGUCAACAAACGGAACACCACGUGGCAGGCCGGGCACAACUUCUACAACGUGGACGUGAGCUACUUGAAGAGGCUAUGUGGCACCGUCCUGGGUGGGCCCAAGCCGCCCCAGAGAGUUAUGUUUACCGAGGACCUGAAGCUGCCUGAAAGCUUCGAUGCACGGGAACAAUGGCCACAGUGUCCCACCAUCAAAGAGAUCAGAGACCAGGGCUCCUGCGGCUCCUGCUGGGCCUUUGGGGCUGUGGAAGCCAUCUCUGACCGGAUCUGCAUCCACACCAAUGCGCACGUCAGCGUGGAGGUGUCGGCGGAGGACCUGCUCACCUGCUGUGGCAUCAUGUGUGGAGACGGCUGUAAUGGCGGCUAUCCUGCUGGAGCUUGGAACUUCUGGACAAGAAAAGGCCUGGUUUCUGGUGGCCUCUAUGACUCCCAUGUAGGGUGCAGACCGUACUCCAUCCCUCCCUGUGAGCACCACGUCAACGGCUCCCGGCCCCCGUGCACGGGCGAGGGUGAUACCCCCAAGUGUAGCAAGAUCUGCGAGCCUGGCUACAGCCCAACCUACAAACAGGACAAGCACUACGGAUACAAUUCCUACAGUGUCUCCAAUAGCGAGAAGGACAUCAUGGCCGAGAUCUACAAGAACGGCCCCGUGGAGGGCGCUUUCUCUGUGUAUUCGGACUUCCUGCUGUACAAGUCAGGAGUGUACCAACACGUCACCGGAGAGAUGAUGGGCGGCCAUGCCAUCCGCAUCCUGGGCUGGGGAGUGGAGAACGGCACACCGUACUGGCUGGUUGCCAACUCCUGGAACACUGACUGGGGUGACAAUGGCUUCUUUAAAAUCCUCAGAGGACAGGAUCACUGUGGAAUCGAAUCAGAAGUGGUGGCUGGAAUUCCACGCACCGAUCAGUACUGGGAAAAGAUCUAAUCUGCUGUGGGCCUGUCCUGCCAGGCCUGGGGGAGUUUUCCCUGAAUACAGUCAGGGAUCGGGGUGAGAUGGGGGUAGAAAUGCCUUUUAUUCUUUGAGUUCACGUAAGAUACAAGUUUUAGACAGGGCUUGAAGGACUGGAUUGGCCAAACCUCACAUCAGCCAUCAGAGCUGGCUUCCAAGGAGACACAUCCCAAAUCCUGGCUACAUCCCAGCCUGUGGUUCCAGUGCAGACAGUUAGGCCAUGUGAGCCACUGCUGCCAGCACAGCACGUCCUCCCCCUAUAGACCAGUGCCACAGGGAGUGCCUGCUGCCCCAGCUGACUGUGGCCCCCUCCCCGAUCCAUCCAUCUCCAGGGAGCAAGACAGAGACCCAGGAAUGGAAAGCGGAGUUCCUAACAGGAUGAAAGUCCCCCCAUCAGUUACCCCCAGUACCUCUAAGCGAGUAGCUUUCCACAUUUGCUAUAAGAUCAGAGGAGAGAUGGUGUUGGGAGCCCUUUGGAGAAUGCCACAUUCUCCCAGACCCCCUGCAUCUAUCGAGUUUGCAGUGUCACAACUUCUCUGGUCUUGUGCUCAGCAUGAUACUUUUUUAAUAGAAGUCUUCUCUUUUGUGCACUCUGCUAAUCAUGUGGGUGAGUGAGUCGAACAGCUGGGAGCACCUGUGCUAGUUUUACAGAUUGCCUCCUAAUGGCGCGGCUCAAAACGAAACCAAGUGGUGAGGACUUGUUUCUGACCCACUGGUCUCUACCACCACAAGGAAACUAGUUUAGGAGAAACCAGCUUUUACUGUUUUUUAAGAAUUACUGCUUUACCCUGUCAAGUUAACAAGGAAUGCCUGUGCCAAUAAAAGGUUUCUCCUUCAACUUGCAAUCGA